UGGUUGUCUACAUUGCCUCCGGACUUACAGGCCGACAUUAUGGCCAUCAUAAGUCUGUAUCCACAAUCUCAAACAGUUUUCGCCAAAUUGUACAACCACCUUCUCAAUGAAGAGUCUCUACCAAAAAGACCCAAGACCAAUGGAUCUACAUCAAUUUCAACUCCACAACAAAUACAACCUCCCCAACAUCAAGUAGUCCAAAACCAAAUUCAAAACCAAAAUGAACCGUCCAAUUCUGUCUUGAUUACUCUCAAAGACCCAAUUGUCGAAGAAACCAUCAUUUUUGAAAUUAUCCAGACUUCGUUUAUUUCGCCCAUAAGAAAGAAGAUGAGCUUGAUAUUCCAUUUGAUUGAAAGAAAUGGACAACCACUUCCGGUCUUAUCUAUUGUUCAUCCUACCACUCGUGUGCCCGAGAUUUCUGUAAUUGAUUUGACUGAGUGUGUUAAGCUCUGUGCCUUCAUUCCAAUUGUAGGAAAUUCAUCCAACCCACUGAAAAAGUCGAUUGCAUUAUUGUGCUUCUGGAUCAAAGACGAGUACAUUGGUUCAAGCGCGGUCAAGGAUCCAAUCGUUUUACAAGUUAAUCUUGAUAUGGUCAAAAAACAGAUGAUCAGUCAGGGAAAGCUUCCGCCUGAUAUCGAGCAUCAGUUUGAAAAAGAAUCGCCUACCAACGUCAACAUGAAUCCAAUUCAGGAGAGAAUUAUCGAUUACUUCCAGAGACAGUUCAAGCUUUGUGGUGUCAACUUGAUGAACUACUUGCCCUGUCCUACCCUUUCAAAUAUUAAGUACACUCUAAACAGAGACAGUGCUGUCGCUGUCUCCAGCAGCAACAGCGGAAAUAAUAACUUAAUUAUUGUAGAAUGUCACAGGGGCGCCAAGGAAGGAGUUCUUUUGUUUGUUACUGGCACCGAACAUAGCAGGUCAUAUAUAAUUCACGGGUUCAAGAAACCAAUCUUGAUGUUUGAUGUCGCAAAGAUCAUGUACACUUCCUACAACAACAUCACCAGAUUGACGUUUAACUUAUUGCUUACGGUUGCUGAUAACAACGAAGAAAAGACCUUGGAGUUCAGUAUGAUAGACCAUGCCUUUUUCCAAGUAAUUGACGACUUUAUAAAAUCACAGAAUAUUAACGACAAUUCGUUUGAUGACACACUCAGAGAAAAGACCAAAGAGACCAAGGAUGAAGAGGGCGAAGGUGGUGCAGAAGAAGAACCCCUCAAUGAAAGUGAAGAUGAAGAAGACGAUGACGCUAGUUAUAAUGGAGGAGAUGGUGAUAAUUACAGCGCCAGUGGCAGUGAUGUAGAUGAAGAAUUCGACAGCGAUGCCGGCAGCAAAUCUGACGAUAGCGAUGUGUCUGAAGAAGAAGAAGAA